UGCUCGAGAGGCCCAAAUGACCCUCCAAGACAAAGCCGAGUGCAAAUCCUACUUCAAACACCUUGAGAGCAAGAGUGAUACACACCAUGAGUCGAGUGAGGAUGUUUCGAUUUCUAACAACUUAACCUCUACUCCUCUUGUGUUGUCUUCCUCUUUGCUAGGUUGCUCGGACAUCGACGACGCCAUUGCCAUGGAGAUGAGGGACUCCACUAUAUGUGAGAUGAGCGACUCCACUAUAUGUGAGACGAGCGACUCCACUAUAUGUGAGCUUGAUGAGUGCCUCCACUUCGAGAGCAUGAGUGAUACACCAAGUGAGAUGAGAGUGGUAGUUGAUAGGUCAUGUGAGGCCAUUUUCAAUUCUAACAUCUUACCCUCUACCUCUAGUGUGUUUCCUUGUGUCUCACUAGGUGCCAUGGAUGACGAGACGCCGAUCAUGGAGAAGAUGUACAUGGUGCAUGAAGAUGAUGAUAUCACACCAUGCUUGUUGCUUGAAGAUGAACAUGGAGGCCACAUCGAGCCUACCUCUUCCACAACACCUACCUCAUAUGAGCGGAACUACAAAGGUACAUAUAUGGGUGUUGAUGAUGCCAUGAUCCCACUAGUGGACAUGAUGAAUUGUGAGUGCAUGCAUGAUGAUGAUACAAUUGCUAUGUCACAUGCUCCGUUCUUAUUCCCAUGUGAUGCUUUGCUUGAUAACAUUGUUGACCAUGUGGAAUUACUUGCUUGUGACCAUAUGACCAUGCCAUGCUAUGAGAGUUUCACGUUCUCUCCUUUUGCUUGCAACUUGUCGAACAAUUUCUCUUUCCCAUGUGUUGAUUGCAAUGAGGACAUUGAUGCUUGUGUUGUGACAACCUUGCCGAACAAUUGCUCUUUCCCUAGGUUUGUCGACAACAAUGAUAAAACUUUGAACAUGUUUUGCUCACAAUGCUUGCAAUAUUCUCCCAUUAAUGCAUCCAAAAUAUUGAACACUUGCUCUUUCAAAUGCUUGGUUUGCAAUUAUGUUAAUGUGCUUGUUAGUGAGAUUGCCCCCAUAGCUCUCUCAAAUUUUGGAGACUUUGCAUAUAUCCAUGUUGAGCAUGUUCCCAUGUUUACCCCGCAUAUUCACCAUAUCUAUUAUGAUGCAUUUCUUAACGCUAAUGGUGAUGUGCAAAAGAAAUGGAACAUCAUGAUGGAUGAUGUGUUCAUAUACCAUGCACACACGUUGUUCUUGUUGUCUAACAUGUGUGUAGGUACCCAAACUCCAAUGUCAACCUCGAUUGAGCACGAGUUGACAAAAAGAGCUCUUGAGAGCAUGAUACAAGUGAGAUCCAAUGAGUGGUUUCGCCCACACACUUCGACUACACAAGAUCUCUCAAUGAGAGCACAACGACACUUCGAUAAGGUGACCUCCUUCAACUUGCGCUCUCUUGCUAUACCCAUGGAACUUCGGCUACUCUUUGAGUGUUGCGUUGCUUGUCUUGUGCUAUUGAUAGGGUUCAUGAUAAGUGAUGCCACAUUCAAGAGUUGUUGUCAUCUCCCACCUCUACCCGGUCAUGAUGAGUUAUCGUCGAGGACGACUCUUUUUCAAGUAGGGGGAGAUGAUACGGGGCGACCUUCGGUCUCCACCGCAUCAUGUGCGUCAACAUCUACACGUCAUGCAAAGGUGAAUCUUCUCCUUUAUGCGUUCCUACAAAUGUCUCUCCUGAAUGGUAUGCUACUUCAUCCUACGUCAUAUGACCAUGAUAGGUAUGCAUCACCGAGUAUGGAGGAAGUGGAUGACGCCAUGGAGGCUCGAGGACUCAAGGACAACGUCAAGGUCAUGGGAAGCAUGGAAGAGAUCGUCAAGGAGAAGGGGACGCGCCGCGAAGGCCGGCACUACCGUUCAGGACGACCGGCACUGCCGCCCAUCUCCACCGGCACUGCCGCCCUACCACUACACCUGAGGAUGACGGCCCUGUCGCCCUACCUGCGCCGGCACUACCGCCCCACUGCAAAGAGCAUCAAAUCUGAACCCUUUAUCCCUUUGUAUGCCUAAACUACCCCUCCUUUGUGGCUCCCUAUAUAUAGGCUCCCACCUCCCCCUUCAUUAGGUUAGGAAUGAACUUGAGAGAAUUAGGCUCAUGCCUCCACCAUCCCUUUGGGAUUAGGGUAAUCCCCUCCUUAGAUUAUCCAAAUCUAUUGUACAAGGCCCUCCUUAUAUGAUUAGUCUCUCACACUUGUGAUUCUA